ACCCGCCCGACUGCCGACAAGCAAGUUCCAGCCGGGGAAGUACUGUGUAGCCACUCACCAGUUCGUUCAACUCCAACGCUGAUACGUAGUAUCACACACAAAUGAUCAACGAUCCUAUGAUCGCACUGGCAAAACUAGACUCGCUACUGAACGAGUGCCUCGCGCAGCCAAUCAUUUCGCUAAGAGAUCUCGAGACGCCGUACUCUCAGUAUGACAAUGCCAACUUCGUUCCAGCACCCGGCGACAUCGCCUACAUCGGCGAGGUCCUCCACCAGAGAGAUGACCAACUCAUAGACAUUUCGUACCAACUCUCCAUCGUGCAAUCUGCCCUCUGGAAGCUGGAAGCGCUCCAGACGCAUCUGGAAGAGAGUGCAUCCCAUGUUCGUCGCUCAACCAUCUCCCUCAAGGCACUCACUUCACCGAUCCGCCGCAUUCCGCCCGAAGUACUCGGUGAGAUAUUCUACCACUGUCUGCCGACUGCACCCAUAUAUGUCACGCCGCGCGACGUCGAGAGCCCGAUGGUCCUGACUCAGGUCUGUCGACAUUGGCGUGCAGUGGCCAUGGCGACGCCAAGACUGUGGACCUCCAUUACCCUCCACGUAGGUGAAGUAUACCGGUCGAUGUGUGAGGCAUGGCUCGGAAGAGCAAAGAGUCUCCCCCUUGCGAUGCGUGUGUUGAAUGAUCUAGAGAGUCCAGAUCCAGUCGCUCAAGAACACAUUGUCAGCUGGCUCCAGCCGCUGCUGAUGCGGUGUCAUGAUUUCUGGUGGCACGGUCCAGCCCUGAAUCCUCUACUCGAUAGCGGCAACAUUUCCAGUACUAUCACUCAUACAGUCUCGCCCACACCAUAUCUCAAUCGCCUCCGUGUAACGUCACAUCGCGGAAGGACCUACACUGUCUGCGUUCCCGGCCCUGCACCGUACCUGCACACUGCUUUCCUCCAAUGCCCGACCCUCCACAUCAGUUCCCUCGAUCGGAUCUCUCUCCCGUGGUCCCAGCUGACAGAGCUCACCCUCCACUUCUCCCUCGUCAACAGCACUGUGCUUUUCCAGCUCUUAUCUCUUUGUACAUCGCUGCGCCUACUCAACGUAUCAUGCGUAUUGCACACGUUGAACGCGGAUCCCAUCCAUCAUAGGACGUUGAAACGUUUUGAGUUGCGUGUAAUCCGACAUGGGCUGGACGCUGUCCUCGGUGCCCUGACCGCACCCGCACUCGAAGAACUGGACAUCGGGUUUGUUUCUCGUGGGGGCGACCAGUGGCCACAUGGCGAAUUUGUGGAUUUUGUGAAGAGGUCUGGGAGCACGCUAAGGAAGCUAACCGUCAGACAGAAC